GUAUUGAGGUUGUUUGGGGCGACGAUGGUGUUUGCUUGGCCGGUGUAUCGGGUGACCGAGCCAGCGAUGAGAAACUUAUAAAGCCGUCGCUGUCCGCGUCGUCUACUCAAAGCAAUUCAUCCCAUCCAUCCAUCCAUCUUCCAAACCAGUUCGUUUUUCCCACCAGACCACUACUGUUUCCCUCAACUUUACCACCCAAUAUCCAUCAUCAUGCGUUUCCUCCCCAUCGCUGUCGUGGGCCUCGCGUCCGUCGCCGCCGCCGCCGAACUCAAGAGCUGGGACGACAUCAUGGGCGAUAUCCCCACCUGCAUCAAGAAGUGCAUGAACAACUUUUACAAAGACGGUGGUUUGGAGAAGGAGUGCGGUGCCCCCGAAAAGGCCACCGCCGACUGUCUCUGCAAGCCGGCCAGCUACAAGAUAAUUUCCGACACCGUGAGCAGCGUGGACGAGCUGCAAGACUGUCUGAAGGAAUCCUGCACCCAGUCCGAGCUCACGGAUAACAUCGACAAGAUCAACGGUAUGGGCGAACGAGCUCAAGAUUUCCAGGACCAGUGUGAAGACAAGGCCGACUCCGACUCCAAGGACGACUCCAAAGACGAUUCCAAGGACGAUUCCAAGGACGACUCCGAUUCCAAUGACGAUGCCGAUUCCAACGGCGCUGGCUCCCUCCUGCCCGGUGUGAGCAAGACUAUGCUUGCCGUUGGUGCUAUCCUUCUCCCCGUUGUGCUUUAAAUUGGAGGAUACUCUGGGAGCAUGGGUUUUUUCUUGUGGGGAUUUGGGGCCUUUCUUCAUAAUCGAUCCUUGGUUAUUGCCGGGUUUUUGCAUAUAAUGACUGCGAUACAUCGCCUAUACCAUUUUG